AAAACACAGGCCUAGAAAAAAAUCCGUUUCGUUUGGAGGUAAAACUGAGGUAAAACUUUGGCUACACAGGCAGUGCAAUAUUUCUCAGUUGAAAGUGACGUUAGCAGUGUUGGCAGAGAAGUUCAUGUGUGCCGUCAGAGUGGGAGUUACUUUCAGCUAACUGUUGGACUGACUGCACGCGCAAACACACAAAACUCUCCUCAUGUCUUCUGGGACAACGUGUUACACUUCGUGGACUUAAUAUACUUGAUAUACUCAAUCGGAGCGCAUUAUUUGCCAGCUCACGGACUUUGAAAUUCCUUAAGACCAGAAGCGAGCGCGAAGUCGGGUGAUUCACAUUUUCCACGAAGAUGUUACAAUGAAUAAUCGACUUUCCUGAAGCAGCGGCUCAAGUUUUUCCUCACGAAACAACCGCGAUUUUACUGUUAGUUUAACAACGCUUUAAUGAAACGAUCGAUACGUUUUUGUUUUAAAUAAUGUUAACGUUGUAAUCUAAUCAUUCAGCACAGCUCUUUUAACGUUUAAAGAAUAGUAAAUGGAAAAUAAAGGUGAAUUGCUUUUUUUUGUAGUUUUUAUGACAUUAUUUUGUCAUAAAAAGUUGUGAGAGAUGGUCGUGUUGUGGAUUUGUCUCGUGAGGGGAAUGUGACUGGACGCGCGACUCUGAUGGAGCUCCGGGUGUUGUGCGCGCUCCUGUACUGCUGUCUGCUGCCCGUCUCUCUGCUAGCAGCCUGCAUCUUUCGCUACAACGCUCUGUCUUUAGUUUAUCUUCUGUACCUGCUGCUAUUACCAUGGUUUCAUUGGCCGAACAAACAGACACUACGAGGACACACUGGACGUUAUAUCAAAGCUCUGUUCUGCACCAGCCUGAUCUUUAUCUUAGGGCACAUCUCUCUUCAGAUAUGUCUGUAUACCGUCCCUGGCCUCGAUGAUGCACUUGGACACAACUGCAGCACAUGGGAGACUCUAUCAAGACAUAUCGGUGUGUCCAGGCUGCCCCUGGAUGACCCGUGGGGUGUGGUGUGGCUCCUGACCCCAGAUCUUGGUAUCUUCCUGGUCUCAUUGGUCACUUUGAUACUGUGCUGUCGUCUUCUGAGAAAGAGAGAUGAAGGGUCUGUACCUCAGAUGUCUGCUCUUAUGCAGGAGGGGGAUGAAACAGAAGAGGAAGAUGAAGAUGUUGAAGAUGAGAGAACGAUGUCGUGUAGUGAGACCGAGGAUGAGGAGGGUCUUUACUCCAGCAGUGGAGCUGCGCAGUUAGCUGCUCGGCUGCGUGCCACAGCUCAGCGCUUCCUCAGGAACAUGGGCCGCGUGGUGGCCGUCGCACUACUGGCACUCGCUGGAAUUGCCUUGCCCUCCGCCUUCUCAUCCUUCUACUUUCUACUCUUCAUCGGCGUGUGCACCUGGUGGGCUUGCCAUUUCCCCAUCAGCCAUUUGGGGUUUAACACACUGUGUGUGAUGGUGGCUUUCUUCACAGGGGGACACCUGGUGUGUCUUUACCUGUAUCAGAGCUCUCUUGCACAGGAUAUGUUCUCCCCAAUGGGCCUGUGGGCCAGACUUUUCGGCCUGAAGGAUAUCGUCAAACCUGGAAACUGUUCGUCUAUUGGCGUCACGCUCAAUGUGGAUCACGACUGGCCGGUGUAUGUUAACCCAGGCAUUCUUCUCCUCCUGUACAUCUCUGUAACCGGCGUGCUUAAAAUCAGCAGUUACGGUCAAGACCAUGACAGCAAGACCUGUGAGGGUGAAUCAGGUCCUAAGGGAGCCCAGGGUGAGACGGGAGAGCAGGUAGAGCUCAGGCAAUGGGAGCCAAGAAGACAAAGCUGUGAAGAUGACACACGGCAAAUGCUUCUGACCACCGGUGAGUCUCCGCUAUCUGAAUCGCACACCUUUAAAGAGCCUGUGAUCAAUGGUUCAAGCCAACAUGACAUUGCAGCUGGUGCAGAGGCUGAAGGUGAUAAUCCUGUUCGCAUGGUGGCCCGACUGAUUUUACAACAGAGUUACAUCUGUGCCCUGAUCGCAAUGAUGGUGUGGAGUAUAACAUACCACAGUUGGCUGACGUUUGUACUGCUGCUGUGGUCGUGUUUGAUUUGGAUGUUGCGAGCCCGUCAGCGUUUCGCUGCUCUUUGUUCUCCAUUCAUCCUGCUUUAUGGACUGGCUCUCUGUUGUCUGCAGUACAUCUGGGCCAUGGAUCUUGAGACAGAACUGCCUCAACACAUCGGCACCAUGAGCCUGCGGCAGCUGGGUCUGGACCGAGCACAGUAUCCCUGUCUGCGCCUAGGAGCCAUGCUACUGUACACAUUGACCUUUUGGCUUCUUCUGAGACAGUCAGUAAAAGACACUUUCAGCAGAAAGAAGAGAUUGAGCAUCCCGCUACAGGAGGUCACAACUGGAGGAAGUUCAGGGCGUAACGAGUCCAUUCUGAAGGUGCUGGGUGGGCAGGUGAUGAGUCUCUAUGCCAAAUACUGGAUCUACGUGUGUGGAGGAAUGUUCAUCACGGUCAGCUUUGCUGGAAAACUCGUCGCUUACAAGAUUGUCUACAUGCUGCUGUUUCUGCUCUGCCUGUGUCUCUAUCAGGUGUACUACUCUCUGUGGAGAAGGUUGCUGAAGCCCUUCUGGUGGUUGGUGGUGGCCUACACCAUGGUGGUUCUUAUUGCUAUAUACACCUUCCAGUUUGAGGACUUUCCAGGCUAUUGGAGAAACUUCACUGGAUUUACAGAACAGCAAUUGUCUGAUAUUGGUCUGGAGACGUUUAAACUAUCUGAGCUCUUCAGUAGUAUUUUGAUUCCAGGCUUCUUUCUGCUGGCCUGUAUUCUGCAGCUGCAUUACUUUCAUAAACCCUUCAUGAAGAUCACAGACCUUGAGCACGUCACCCCUCUGCACAGGAAAAAAGGUAGAGAGAACCCAGAUUUGCCUCGAUCCACAGAGGAAGGCAAAUUAGAGGAGGAAGAUCUGAACGCAGAGCAAGAUGAUGAUCCAUCAGAAGCUGAUGAGGUGAUUCCCAGCAAGUGGGGUCUUGUGAUGGACCGACUGAUCGUGCUUUUCAGAAAGUUCUCCAGCAUGCUGACCCAUGUUCAAGGUUUCAUAUGGAGAGUCUUGGAGCUGCACAUCGUCAAAAUCGUGGCGUUUGGCGUCGUCUGGGUUGCACUACUAGAGCCAUCUGCGAUGAACCUGGUGCUGGUGGUGCUGUGGAGCUUUGCUACGCCUUAUGCACGUUUCAGGCCCAUGGCCUCGUGCCUCUCCACCAUCUGGGUUUGUGUCAUCAUCGUCUGUAAGAUGCUGUACCAGCUCACCGUGGUCAACCCUGCAGAAUACUCCAACAACUGUACCGUGCCAAUGGUGAACGAGACGAGUCUGGAACCAGAGGAAGUUUUAAAAUCCACACUGUACAAAGCACCCGUGGAUCCAGCCAAUUGGUUUGGUAUUAGGAAAGACGCUACUGUGCUCGGUUACAGCAAGGAUCACCUGCUGGUCUUGAUGCUGCUGGUGUUUGAGGCAACAGUAUACCGGCACCAGAUUCAUCAUUACAGACAGAAACAAUGCUCACCUCCCGCAAUACCAGCCAUCUUUCCCCAAGCCACUCGUGAUAUGCUGGACCACGGUCUUCUGCACUGCAUCAAAUACCUGCUCAACUACACCUUUUACAAGUUUGGUCUGGAGAUUUGCUUCCUCAUGACAGUGAACGUUAUUGGCCAGCGUAUGAACUUUCUGGUCAUUUUGCACGGAUGCUGGUUGGUGGCCAUCAUGGUGCGGCGACGCAGGGCAGCAAUUGCCCAAAUCUGGUCCAAGUACUGUCUGUUUCUGGUGGUCUUCAUGAUCUACCAGUAUGUUUUGUGUGUUGGCAUGCCUCCUGCGCUCUGUAUAGAUUACCCCUGGAGAUGGAGAACCACUGUAACCAUCCACUCACCUCUUGUUAAAUGGAUCUACUUGCCUGACUUCUACACCAUUCCCAAUUCAAGGAACCUCAUCGCCGAUUUUCUUCUGCUGAUGUGCGUGUCGCAGCAGUGGAUGGUGUUUGAACAUGAGAAGAUAGAGGAGUGGAUGGUCAUGGGAGGAGAGAACAAAGACAACCCGGAUCCAAUGGAGGACAUGCUCUUUAACCCCGCCCCCAAUUUCAUCAAUUGCAGGUGCUAUCUAGACAUGGCAAAGGUUUUGGUAUUUCGCUACAUGUUCUGGUUUGUUCUGUCCGUGGUGUUUGUGACCGGGGCCACCCGGAUAAGCGUGUUCGGCUUGGGUUAUCUUUUGGCCUGUUUCUUCUUCCUGCUCUUCGGCACGAAGCUCCUGGUCAAGCCGUCCCGAACGCGCCUGCUCAUGUGGGACUGUCUGAUCAUGUACAACGUGGCUGUGAUCAUCUCGAAGAAUAUUUUGUCUAUUCUGGCUUGCGUGUUUGUGGUGGACAUGCAGAAGAACUUCUGCUGGGUCAUACAGCUCUUUAGUUUGGUGUGCACAGUCAAAGGCUACUACGAUCCAAACUCUGUGUGUGAUAAAGACUGCGCUCUGCCUGUGGAAGAAGCGGGAAUUAUUUGGGACAGCAUCUGUUUCUUCUUUUUGCUGUUGCAGAGGAGAGUCUUCCUCAGCUUUUACUUUCUGCACGUCACCGCUGACAUUCAAGCGUCAGCACGUCAGGCCUCUCGGGGUUUCGAGUUGUUUCGCUCCAGCAUUAUAAAGAACAUGCUUUUCUAUCAGCAAGUAGAGAAGAAGUCAUUACAACAGCUGAAGGAAUCAAUGAAGCGUAUACGUGACAAACAGGAGAAAUAUAGGGAGGGACGUAAACCAUCUGCCGUAGGCGAACAGCCUUCAGACUCCACAGAGCAGAAGGAGAGACAGCCGUCCAAAUCCAAAGAAUGGCAAUAUCCCUGGAAAGACCAUGCCACUGUGUUGCAUUCUGGGGAAUAUUACAUGUUUGAGUCCGACAGUGGUGAGGAAGAUGAGACUCUUCAUGAGGAAAAACCUCGAAAACAGACUGCAUUUCAGCUGGCGUAUCAGGCCUGGGUCACCAGUGCAAAAGAAGCCCUGAAAGAUCGACAACAGAGACAGAGAGCUGAAAAAAAGAUGAGACAAAUUUCACCGACUUCAGAUGAUGCAGAUGAAGAUGAUAGCCCUGUGUUUGAUGUUGAAAACUCCCAAGAAGAGGAGGAGAAAGAUGAGGAUGGAGAGGGGUUAGCCAAAGGAGGUGAUAUAGUGCAGAGGAUUCUAGACAUCCUGAAAUUCUUGUGGGUGCUUUUCCUGGCCAUGGUGGAUGGCUUUACCAUGUGGCUUAACUUACUCACCAAGCAGUAUGUAGAUACUUCAACGGUCCUCUGUGAGGAGCGCUAUCUCAUCGUUCAUAACAUCAGCCAGAGACCCACCAGACAGCCAAUGGAGGACCAGCUGUCACAGGACAGCGAGAACCUCACGUUAGAGACCUGCCUUGAUGAGACGGACACAGACAAUGUUCGCUUCAGCAGCAACAUCAAUGUGGUGGAGUUUGAGCCGCUUGGUGGAUUGGCUAACGCCCGUGAGUUUAGCAGCACAACUCUGGCCUCUGAACUCACACUAGAGCUUGAUUCAGAACACGUUUACAUGGAACGACCUCGCCGCUCCAGAACCGCCAGUGAGCUGCUGUCAGAGAGACCAUUCGGUGUUGAGGAGCUCAAUCAGAGUCGUGAGUUUUACUCAUCUCAGAAUCGUCUCCUCAAACUGAUGUUUGCUCUUUAUAACGUCCUGGCGGCUCAUUCUGAGCUCGUCUGUUAUUUAAUCAUCGUGCUGAAUAACCUGGUCACAGCUUCUGUCAUCUCAUUGGUGCUUCCAAUCCUGGUGUUUCUCUGGGCGAUGCUGUCCGUACCACGGCCCACAAAGAGGUUCUGGAUGGUGGCCAUCAUCUAUACAGAGGUAAUGGUUGUGGUCAAAUACCUGUUUCAAUUCGGUUUCUUUCCGUGGAACAACGAAUAUGAGCUGAAGUUAAAUCACGACAAGCCCUUCUUCCCACCUCGUAUCCUGGGCUUGGAGAAAACGGAUAACUAUAUCCGAUAUGACCUGCUUCAGCUGCUGGCCCUAUUCUUUCACCGAUCACUUCUCCAGCGCUACGGCCUUUGGGACCACGAGGGACCACUGGAGGAGAAGAGCAAACAUUCAUCUGUGGACAAGAGUCCGAAUGAGAAAGAGAAAUUCUCAGAUGAAGAGGACAGUCGAACUCAAGCAGAACCAGAGACCGAGGUGCUGUCAAUCACACCAUCAGCAGAUACACCCACCGAUGGAGAAAUCCAGAGUGACCCUGAGCCGAUCUUCGGCAGCACAGAAUCCCCGGAUACGGAGAAGGAGGACGGACAGAAGAAACGACGCUUCCUACGAUUCCGCAAGGCCAAACAGACAAAAAACGACACUACGAAGAAAGAGCCCAAGAAGAAGAAAUCCAAGAGCAAACACAGAGACAACAGCAUAAAACUUCUGAAUGCUGUUAGAGGAAAACUCAAGAGUCUUUUCUUAUCCAUAGUGAACAACGUCUACAGACCGACCUGCAGAUUCUUCAGAGACAUCCUGCAUGCAGAAUACCAAGCGGCCACUGAUGUCUACGCUCUCAUGUUCCUCACCGAUGUGGUGGAUUUUAUCAUCGUCAUCUUUGGUUUCUGGGCUUUUGGAAAAUACUCGGCAGCAGCGGAUAUCGCUUCAUCUCUGUCUGAAGAUCAGGUCCCCGAGGCCUUUCUGGUCAUGUUGCUCAUUCAAUUCAGCACGAUGAUCAUCGACCGAGCGCUUUACCUGAGGAAGAGCAUCUUGGGCAAACUCAUCUUCCAGAUUAUUCUGGUGUUUGGGAUUCACCUGUGGAUGUUCUUCAUUCUCCCUGCCGUCACUGAAAGGAUGUUCAGUCAUAACUCGGUGGCCCAGCUGUGGUAUUUUUUUAAGUGCAUCUACUUUACACUGUCGGCGUAUCAGAUCCGCUGUGGAUACCCGACACGAAUCCUUGGAAACUUUCUCACCAAGAAAUACAAUCAUCUCAAUCUCUUCCUUUUUCAGGGCUUUCGACUCGUUCCCUUCUUAGUCGAGCUCCGGGCGGUGAUGGACUGGGUUUGGACCGAUACGACGCUGUCUCUCUCCAACUGGAUGUGUGUGGAGGACAUCUAUGCCAAUAUCUUCAUCAUCAAGUGCAGCCGGGAGACAGAGAAGAAAUAUCCUCAACCGAAAGGACAAAAGAAAAAGAAGAUUGUCAAAUAUGGGAUGGGCGGCUUGAUUAUUCUCUUCCUCAUUUGCAUCAUCUGGUUUCCACUGCUCUUCAUCUCAUUGGUCAAAUCUGUAGUGGGUGUGGUUAACCAUCCUGUCGAUGUCACAGUUACAGUGAGGCUUGGAGGUUAUGAGCCGUUAUUCACAAUGAGCGUUCAGCAGCAGUCCAUUCAGCCCUUCACUGAGAAAGAUUACAAUCGCCUCAACAGCCAGUUUGCAAAAAACGCUGUGGCCAUGCAGUUUAUUACCCUGUACAGCUAUGAAGACAUCGUGACGGCCAACAUCGAGGGCAGUUCAGGUUCAGUGUGGAGAAUCAGUCCUCCCAGCAGACAGGAACUGAUUAAAGAACUGACAAACAGCCCAGGUGACAUGACACUGCGACUGGACUGGAACUUUCAGAGGGAUCUCGGGAAGGGAGGGACGGUGGAACACACUUUCGACAAGCACGCCAUCAGUUUGGAACGAGGGAACCCGGUCAGAGCGGAUCUGGCCGAACUGUUGUUGCGUAACCGGACAGAGCCUGUGCGGGUACCUCACAUGUUUCCAAACUACAUCAGAGCGCCGAGCGGAGCUGAAGCUAAACCUGUCAAUCAGCUGUAUGAUGGUGGUGAAGACGGAUAUCAGGAUGUGACCGUGUCUCUGAUGAGAGAUAUGUCUUGGAAUGGAAGUGGUGCGGCGGAGUGGUGGGACAUUAGUAUUGCGGGCUGUACAGAGUCAUGUGACGUCUUACCCAUGAUUAUCUUCAAUGACAAAGUGAGCCCUCCAAGUCUGGGCUUCCUAGCUGGAUACGGUAUUAUGGGGCUGUACGUUUCCGUGGUGUUGGUCAUCGGCAAAUUCGUCCGAGGCUUUUUCAGUGAAAUCUCUCACUCCAUCAUGUUCGAGGAACUGCCCUGCGUGGACCGGAUCCUCAAACUCUGCGUGGACAUUUUCCUGGUGCGGGAAACCGGAGAAUUGGAGCUGGAAGAGGAGUUGUACUCCAAACUCAUCUUCUUGUAUCGCUCUCCAGAGACCAUGAUCAAAUGGACUAGCGAGAAGACUCAAGACUGAAACUCCAGUAUCUCACGCUCGCAGUUUACGAAAUGUUUCUCGGCUGGAACUCACGGAGCUUUACGCUUAUAAGAGCCGAUGAAUUGUUCAAUGUCUUAUGAACUCUUACAAGAGUCUGUUGCCAUUUCUCAUGGAGUUUUCCUCUUUGCACUUUCAAGCAUCACUUUGGCUGAACUGAGCUUAGUUUUCUCAAAUCUGAAAGCAGAACUUUAAUUUCAGCCUCUUGAAAGUGACGGAUCCUAGAUGUAAGGACUUGAAGACGCUGCAUACAGGCCAUCGCAAUGUCUGCACGCACAGAUCAGAGAUGUCAAAAUCCAAACACUAUUGGGGUGAAUCAUGAAAACUGUCAAGAUGUCCAGGUUACAUUUCACCCUAAAACCAAAAGAUCUUUCAGCCUCCAAAUUACCUCAAUGUGUGCAUUUGACUUUUUGACAUUGUUGUUAUUAUUACACUACUACAAAUACAACAUGCAUAAAUACUACGGUAUGAUUUUUUCAUGACUAUAAUGCAUUUACAUAAAACGAUUUUGGGGUGAAAUAUGACCCGGGCAUGUGUGUUUUUGCUCCGUUACUACAACCAAACUGUUUACAAGCCAAUGAAUUUUAGGAUGAGAGCCGUUUAGUAUUUUGGUUUUGGUUUUAGGAUUUCUGAUAAAGGCAGAAAGUCUCAAACACUUGAAGAUGAUUCAUGUAAUUUCCUAGUAAAAUCUCUUUUCAGGUCAUGUCAAAUCAACAGCUGUUUUACUUUAGAAAGGAAAUAAGUGGCUCUUCUCCAUUCGCUAGCUGCUGGAAUGCUGCGCUCAGCAAUUUUGGUCAUCAAGAUGACGUCUUGUUUUAAAUGUCAUAAGUGCACAUUUCUGUUUUGUGCCAAGUUACAUUCAUCUGUAAUGGCUGAAAUGAUCAUUUCCACUUUAUAGUUAUACAAAGAGCAGGUACAGUACAGUACAUUUCUCCUGCUUUCUCUCCAAAAACAUCGGAUGUAUGUAAAAAGUCAUGUUUUAAGGCAAUCUGCCAAACUAAGAAAUCACGAAUGCUGCCCAUCUGCACAAAUAAAUGACUGUUAUUAAUGA